UGCCUGCCGGGACAGUGCUGUGACGUGGCAGCAGGCGGAAGCGAUGUUGCGGCAGGACAGUAAUGACGACACAGAAGAUGUGUCACUCUUUGAUGCCGAUGAUGAAAUGUCCAGGAGACCCAAGAGAUCUAAAAUCAAACAUCCGAUAGCCUCCUUUUUCCAUUUGUUCUUCCGAGUCAGUGCAAUAAUUGUCUACUUACUCUGCGAAUUGUUCAGCAACAGCUAUAUUGCCUGUAUGGUGACGAUCAUCCUACUUCUAUCGUGUGACUUUUGGGCAGUGAAGAAUGUCACGGGGAGGUUGAUGGUCGGCCUCCGUUGGUGGAACCAGGUUGAUGAUGAUGGCAAAAGCCACUGGGUGUUUGAAGCCAGGAAGGCAUCUACUCAGGGGAAGAAAGCCACAUCAGAAGCAGAGUCCAGAAUCUUCUGGUUAGGCCUGAUCGCAUGCCCUUUGCUCUGGGUGAUUUUUGCCUUCAGCGCCCUGUUUUCCUUCAAAGUUAAGUGGCUGGCCAUCGUGAUUAUGGGGGUGGCAUUGCAAGGAGCCAAUCUUUAUGGCUAUAUCCGGUGCAAAGUGGGCAGCAGGAAGAACCUGACCAGUGUGGCCACCUCUUACUUAGGCAGGCAGCUCCUGCGGCAGACUGUGGCCAAAGAGGACCAAGCAGUAUCUUGAAGAUCACAAACACUCCCCAGUUUCCAUUUUGAUUCUUUCUGGAGAAUGAGGGAAACAUUUCCUUGGCCCCCUGUACAGGAGAUUUAUAAUAUGUGUGGAUUUUUGUAAUUAAAUAUAUCUUAUAGAAAU